AUAUAGCUUGUAUCUCGAAAAGACGCAGAAUUAGGGGCCUGUUUUUGUGAACGCAACGACUAGGCCAUUAUUCUUCGACGUAAUAAAUAGGAGUGCGUGACGCGAAAUACAGCUCCAUCGACCAUCGGGCGACGACCGAACGCGGCCUAUUCGAUUGAAGUUGGCCACGAGCGCGCCGCGUGCGGGGCGCGCGCCCUCAACGCACUGAACCGAGCUCCAAGCGCCACUCAGUUUACUACAAUCGCAAACCGACGCCGCAUGUCGUUUCGCGCGCUGUUUCGACCCGUGUGUAUGGUGUUAGUGGAAUAACAUAACAGCAGAUUGUUUUGUGCUGUGUUAAUAUUGUGUGAUUGUGUCAUACUGCUGGUGCGACCGGUCCGGUUCACAUUGUUGUGAUGCAUUUGAGGAUAUACCUAUGGCUGUCUUGUGUAGUCCUCGCAGGAUACGUUCGAGCGACAGAGGACGCUGUCGCAGAAAAAUCGACAGAAGAAUCAAUAGUACCAGUACAGAACGACGUCCACUCGCCGCCAGACCCGGACCUGUUCAUCGACGCUGCUGAUGAUGGCUCGGGCCUAGACACCGACGAGAGCUCGGGCUCCGGGUGGGGAGCCGGCCCCGGCCCCGACGACGAGGACGGCCGAGGAUCAGGUGACGAGCCCAACGGACCCCCCGACGACGAAGACUAUGGCUCCACAACCACCGGCAAAGACGAAACAGGACGAACCAUCGUCGACACUCCCAUUAUCACCUCCGAAAACCCGGACUCUGACGACAUAGAUAUCCCCGAACAGCCGGACGAGACUCCUGUAGUACCCAAAGUGGACACCCCGCUCCAAACACCUACAGAUCCCAGGCCCAUCGAUGAGCUCAUUCCCAACACUCGGAACAGGCCAUCAGAAGGAGCUCCGGAGGAGGGGCGAGGCGCGGGGGAGGAGCAACCCUCGCGCCCAGACCAGACCGACAUCAGCAUCUCAGGGGAGGACCUCGUGCCGUCUGUCGAGCCGUCUGGCAGCAACGUGAACCAGGAGUCGCGCGCGCCCGACAAGGUCGUCAUCAUGAACGCCAAGCCCGAGGACCGCGCCACCAGCUUCUUCGCGCAACCUGGCAUUCUGGCUGCCGUAAUUGGCGGCGCAGUAGUAGGGCUACUGUGUGCGAUCCUGGUGGUGAUGUUCAUAGUGUAUCGUAUGCGCAAGAAGGACGAGGGCUCGUAUGCGCUCGACGAGCCCAAGAGAAGCCCUGCCGCGGCGUCCUACGGGAAGGGCCACAAUAACCGCGAGUUCUACGCGUGAGACGACACAGAGCAACCGACGCCACGUACAUACUAGUCCCGCGGUCACACCCGACUGACACUCUCACAGGCUGACAGUCCGGCCAACCGCACACCGACGGACAGCCAUUCCAAUUUUAAAUUUUUGACCGUCAAUACGCGAAACACGCGUCAAAAGUAAUUUAUUAAUUUACGAACGUGGCAAGAAUUGUUCUGAAAUUUAUUUAAUAAUAUUACGAUCAAUGAAAUUAUUUAUUUGUCUAUAAAUGUUUGACAUGGAUACAUUUGUAAUGUACGGAAUUGUACAGCGAUGUACAAGCCAGGUACAAAAUAUACUUACUGUCUUAUCGUGAAGACAGUAAAUACGUCAAUAAGAAAAUGUUAUUAAAUUAUCAUCUUUGAGACCAAGUUUUUAAAUCAUUUGUGACGUCGUCAAAUGAUGUUUUUGAAGGUUUCAAGGUAAAAUUGUCUUGAAAGACCAAUGUGGUUUGCAUGUAUUGUUCUGAAUGAUCGAUCUGUAUGUUUUCUGUAAAAAAAAGAAUUUUGUGCCAUCCGCUUUCCUUGUACUGUAUAUUGCCAAUUUCCUUCGCGUAGACUAUGAAAAUUGUCUCGAAAACAAUGUGGACACGUCCAUACUUCAACUAUUACAUGUAAUAUAAUAAUGUAUGUGUGUAUGUAUUUAGAUGGAACUCUCUAAAACUAAGUAGAUUUUGUAAUAUUUUGCUUCCAAUUUGUCAUCGAAUUUUACUUUACACGAACAAAUUAUGAAUUAUCUUACUUUGAUACAGUGACAAUUUGGUUUUCAUUUAUUUUAAGACACUAAUUUUAUUUUAGACUUUUAAUGUUGUCAUUAUGGGGUUUAUACUUUUAGGAAUUGACGUAUCUCUAUUAUUUAGUUUGUUUUUAAUAUAGUUUUAGAUAUUUUAAUCUCACAUUUUAUUGUAAUUUCUGAAAAUAGGUUGUGCAACGAUUUUUAUACUUUGUAUUGCUUGUGUGCCAUCUUCGAUUCUCCAUCUUGUCAAAGCUUUGUCUACAUGAGUAAAAAGAAAAUUCGAAAGUAUUUCUGAAACAUGAUGUCUAAAACAGCAUUUAUAACUUAUUGUAAUUUAUUUAUACACACAAAUUAAAUACGUUGACAAACGUAUUUGAAUUUCGAACAGAUGUCAAAUACAAAGAUAAAAAAUAUUGCAACUUGCAAGUGUAGACACAGUUUAAAGCCAGUGUUAUUUAUUUGAUUUAAUUUAAGUAACACUUUAUGUCAAUUAAUUUAUUUAAAAUAGAUGCUAAAAUAAAUUGAACAUAUAAUUUACAAUUGUUAAUUAAAAACAUAAUUUCAAUAGUUAACUGUUUUAAUUAUCAGUAGUGCGGAUAUAAACAUGCUACUGAGUGUAUAAAUAUUAUGGACAUAUAAUUGAAAUUCAAACAUUUCAUUAGGUAAUUAGUUUGCGAAAAACUAUUUAGAUUUUUCUAGAAAUGAACUGUUUCAAAUUAAACGGUAAACCAGUAGAAGUUAAUGCUUAUUCAUUUCAAAUCAUUUAAUGUGUCGUCUUAGAUUUUGUACUAAAUUCUUUAUGGUUUUCCUUUUUUGAAUAUAUUGUAUAAUUUACAUACGAGACAGCACUACUCUAACCAGAUAUUAAAAUUCAAAGUAGAUCUCGAAUUAAAUGAAAUUCCUUUAUUAUCAAAAACAUUGGUGCUUCCAAAAAGGCUCUAAUUUUUAUACAACAAUUCUUAAUAAAAGGCAGUUCUUUCUAGAAAAUUCUAAAGGCAACUAAUACCAAAUACAUUCCUGUCGGAUUGGUACAUUUUUAAGCUGUAGAGGGCAAAUAUGCUCAUUAGUGUAAGAAAUUUGUACAUUGUAAUUGUAAAUUCUUUUAGAAGUUAAUACUGAGUAAUUUAUACGGUAAAAAAUAUUGUAUAACCAAAUAUAACUAGUUAUUACGAAUUACGCACAGAACAGACUAAAAAUGUACGUUAGCCCGCGCUGAGAACAAAAUAGUAAAAAAUCAACCUGUCAAAAAAUUAGAAAAGUUGUAACAAAAAAGUUUUAUUCACUUUUUAAGAAAAUUUAAAACCUUUAAAAAUUAACAUUUAAACAGGAGGGAAAAUACUUUUUUGGAAAAUACUUUUUUUUACGCAAUGGCUUUUUCAAAGAGCAAUUUUCUUGACGUUAGGUUUACGUACUUUUUUUUCUGUUCUGUGAUAUUAUGUUGCAGCUACAUUUUAGAAUAACCAUUGAUUGCUUUGAAUGCUUUAAAUAGACGCAUUCGACAAAAUCUGUUAGUACUUUAUCUACGCAAUUGAGUUCAACUAGACAGCCAAUCAGAAACUCGCUGUCUAUUCCCCAAUCAAAAAUAAGUAAGAAAUGCUAUUCAACAUCUGAUUGGGUGUCUUGACGCAUCAUUAAAAACGAAACACCGUUUCUGAUAAUAUUCCUUGACUGUCUAAAAAGGCAAAGGACCAAACAAACACAUUUCUGAUAACAUUUAUGGUCAGUUAAAAAAAAAUACAUCCUGUUUAAAGAAAAUAUCGAGUGUUGCUAUCAGGGACCGGCCGGAUACUCAUUGAAAGGGUUUUUGAAGGGGUUUUUUUAAACGCUUCAAGAAAAUACCCUAUGACAUAUGUUACACCAUCGAACGGAUUACUGUUACCCGUUCCGAACACACGUUCUAUAGCAACUUGCUAUAAAAAAGUAAAACAAUAAAUAUGGUCAGGAAAGCGUUUUUCGUUGCAAACUCUCUUUGAACUCUGUCCGCUAAUAACAUCGGAAUCGUUGAAAUGCAAUUAUUUUAAUGUAUAAAUUAUAUAAUUUAAGUCGUACAUGGUUUUAUAUUUCUAACAUUUGUCAUUUUAAUAUACUUACCUUUAUAAGUUCGCAGUUUUUUUUACUUUCAGUUGUUUUGUUAUUAGCAAUGUGUAUGACGGAAUUAUGUUGAGCAAAUAAAAAACGAUGAUGAAAUUGAAAGUUUUAGUUCAAUUUAAAGAAGUACACAAUCCCUUCUUUAUAAGUAAAUCAUGCUAAAUGAAACGAAAUGAAAGAACUCCUAAUAAAAUCGUUAUUGGGAUAUUUGACAUAAUUUUAUCAGAUUUCAUUACAACGAUGGAAGAAUCAUCACUAAUAUGGUGUACCUACGUAAAUAUAUAUUGCCAAUAACAGGAUCAACUAACAAAAACGUGUUUUUGUGUUUUAAUUUUCUUCAGAAAACUGAAAGUCUUGAUUUGAAAAAACAUUACAGUACCAAUCUUGCCACAAGUUCACGUUUGUCCGAAAUAUGACAAGUGCUUUGUGGCGAACCUAUGUUUCUUUUUAAAUUCACGUAAAUAAAAAGAGCUGCUUACUUGUAACCCGUUAUAAUAAAGGUGCUGAAAUGUACACUAUAAUCCUAAGCUGUUUAUGAACCUACAUAAUAAAUUAAUUAUUCAUUCUUAUUUAAAAGGCAACUAAAAUUUAUCUGAUGCCAGUUUCGUUUAUUAAAAAAAUUAACCAAUGUAUUUACAGUCACAAUAACUAUUCUAAAUUUAAACUAGCUUGUUUAUGUAUUAACAUUUAUUACUGGCCAAUAAAAACUGUAUACCCCCCACUAAAAAAAAAACAAUAUAAAUUCUAGAAUUUUUUUGUUCGUACACAUCAAAUUAUUGGUUUUAAAAGAGGCUAAAAUUAUUGUAUCAGGCAGGUUAUAUCUCUAUAUGCCUUUAAUUUUUGUUUUUCUUCUUUAAUGUUUGUAUCUUGUAAGGAGGAGUUAGGUUAGGAUAAGAAUAUACAUAAUUAUCGAUGUCCACCUUGUAAAUAAUUCUCCUUUACACUUAGGUAAAUAUACAGUAUAAUAAGAACAA